AACGCGAAAAGUAAAAAGUCGCAAGAGGGAAAAGAAGCAAAGAGGUAGCAACAAGCAAAGAAAUCGCACGCGAAACUUUUUUCUCUGCCAGUGUUUAGCAAUAAUUUAGCUAAUUUCGUGCGUAUAUUUGUCGUAGAACGGUUCAUAGUUCGCCAAAUAACGGUUUGUAGACAGCUGGCCGCGAGUGUAAACAGAACGUGCUGCCCUCUCGCUCGCACUCGCACUCGCGCACCAGAAGCUCGGUCAUCUCAAGAAUUUCUUAUCAGACGGAUUCCCCAACCUUGGGACCACAUAGGUUAACAUAUAUAUAGGUUAAUAGCCCGCUCUAAUCUUUGGUCCGUUCCGAGAGAGUACAGCGAACAGCAUGGCAGCGACGCCAGCGCCAGCAGUGACGCCGGCAGCGACAGCAACGUCGGCUGCGGCCAAAAUUCCUGUGAAUCCCGUGUCCCCCGAGGAGGAGACCCUUCUGCGGGGCCUCAACAAGCUGCGCAACGAGGAGAAACUCACGGACGUCACUCUGAUCGUCGAGGAGCACCGAUUCAAGGCUCACCGCGUCGUCCUGGCAGCCAGCAGUGACUACUUUUGCGCCAUGUUCGCCGACUGUGCCAUGAUUGAGUCGCGUAAGGACGAGAUAAAUCUCUACGGUAUUAAAGCCAGGGCCAUGGGCUCGAUCAUUGACUACAUAUACACAUCGAUGCUGGAACUGAACUACGAUAACAUCGAGGAGAUCCUGGCGGCAGCCACGCACGUCCAGGUGCGCGAGGUGAUUGACCGAUGCACGAUCUUUCUGGGCGCAAAGAUCGAGAUGGAAAACUGCCUGGCCAUUGCGGGAAUGGCCGAUAUCUAUGGAAUUAUGGACUUAUCCGAACGGGCCUACCGCUAUAUGUGCGCUCACUUUGAGGAGUUCGCGACCACAUCGGACUUUAAAGAAAUGAAGGUGGACCAGCUGCGCUUCAUCCUCAGCAGCAACUAUCCCAUUGACGUGGCCGAGCAGGAUCUGGUGCGUCUGGUAUGCAGCUUUGCGAUCGAACAACAGCUGAAUGAGAGCGCUUUGGGGGAUCUGCUGAGGCUGAUCAAAUGGCAACACAUUAGCUAUAAGUCCGUGGACGAACUGAGGAACAUGAACUGCUCGCUGGAUAAGGGAAAACAGCUGCCACUGCCUACCAGCUACUACAACCGAAUAAAACAGGAGCACAUGGGGCACCUACUCAACGGAGUGGUGUCCCUGAAGGAUCAGUCACUGCCACAGGGACCAACAAACAUGCGGGGCAUGGAGCUGUGUCUGCUGAAGAUCGGGGGCUUCGAGUGGAACGGCCUGACCAAUGUAAUAAUGUGCUUUUCGCCAAAGAAAAUGAAUUGGUAUGAGUUGACCGCCAUUCCGCACAUCGAUCAGUGCAACUUUGGCACGGCCGUACUGAACAACAAACUGUUCAUCGUGGGCGGAGCGUACGAUGUCUUUUUGAAGGAGUACAUCCAUCCCUUUGGCUUCUGCUACUGUCCGCUAAGGAAUACAUGGAUGACCAUAGCACCCAUUCAGCAGGAUCGCUGCCGUUUCUCGUUGAACGCAGUGGGCACUCAGCAUCUGUAUGCGGUGGGCGGCAUUCUGGACGAUGAUAACGAAGAAGCCCUGCGCAUGAUCUCCAACGUGGAGCGCUACGAUAUCGCCAAGAAUGUAUGGACCUAUAUGCCUAGUCUGCAGGAGAAUCGCAGUCAGCAUGCCGGCGUCGUUGUGGGCGAUAAGCUUUACAUCUCUGGUGGCGUCCACUUGGCCAACAUACUGGCAAGCAUGUGGGUAUUCGACACAAAGACGGAAGUCUGGCAGGAGCUGGCCUCGAUGCCCACGCCCUGUUGUGACCACGUUUUGGUGGCGGUGGAUAAUCGCAUCUAUGCCUGCGGCGGAUGGCACGAGAGUUUGACGGAAUGGCGGGUUCUGGUGGAGCACAUAUAUGCCUAUGAUAUUGAGACUAACACGUGGAGCGUGGAGACCAAGAUACCGGCCCCCAAGUUCUACACCGGCGUGACCGCGAUGGGCAGAACAAUAUUCUUUGUGGGCGGACUGGACUCCACGGAGUCGAUUGAUCGGGCCAGUGCGGAAACAAUGGCCUACGACUUGGAUACCAAGGAAUGGUGGCACGAAAAGGACUCGUGGGACUCGCCCAACGAUGUGUGGGAAUCAACCUGCGUGGCCAUCUAUGUGCCCAAUUGUGAUGCCUAACUCUCUGCAAGUCUCUGCAAGCCUCCGCCUCCAUCUCCAUCUCCAUCCUAUCCGUAUCGAAUUUAGCGAUUCUCAUGAUAUUUUUAUAUAUACUAUGUGUAGCUAGCGUAGACCUAUGUACAUGCGAGAUUUUGUGAUGACUGCAGUAACGAAAAUGUGCCAAGCACGGAAAUGAAACAUGUAAAGACCGCAUAUGCCUUAAUUUCGCUCUCGAACGAAUACACAGACAAUGGUAAAUUAUUAAAUAACUUUUAAUUAACUUGUAUAAACCGCAUAUGCCUUCAUUUCUCACUUGAUUGAUAAGUCAGAGCUCGAAAAAUAGGAUUUAUUUGUGUGGCUGAGACCCUUCUUUAAUUGCCAUGCAUAGUUCAUCCAUAAGCAAACAUAAUGUAUAAAAAUGGCAGAUACUUGUCAUUCAUGUGUUUGAAAAUGCAGUCACUUUUUUGAAGAAUGAAAAAGCAAACAUUUUAGAGCUAUGUUGUGAUAAAAUUAAGUAAAUUUAACGAAGCAUAAUGUUUAUAAAGAAUUAGCAUUCACUGCGUCGAAAGGCAUACACCCACCACCUUUAUGAUUUAUAUCGAAUUUGUUAAACUUGACCAAUUACGGCCAAUUCAUUUUGCACAUACUUGCUAUUAAGUUAUUUCGUAGAGUUCUUUACGCAAAAAAAAAACCUUUUUUACGAGCUCUGAUAAUAGAGUGUAAAAUAUGUAGAACAUGUACUUAAUUUGUAUAAACUAGAAAAAGUUCGUUCCUAAUUCUGGACUGUCCUUCUUCGUCGAAGCUAAAUCACUCAUUCAUUCAUAUAUCAAUUUUUUUUUUCAACAUCCCCAUUUAAGUAAACAUUAAAAGUAGUAUUUUCUUGCGAUUCUGAGACAAGGACACUGCCUAAUUUAUUGCACUAAAACGUUCUUCGUUGAAUUGACGAUAAAUGGAAGGACUUUCUAGGCUUACAUUUUGUAUAUAGAAUUUAUUACUCAGUAUUUAAGGUCGUCGGCAAUAAAUAGAAUUCUAAAU